AGUGGCUCAUGGAUCAUCCUAAAUUUCUCAACAAUCCAUUGUAUCUUGGUUCUGAUUCCUAUGGUGGCAUAGUGGUGCCAAUGAUUGUUCAAGAAAUAUAUAAUGGUAAUGAAGUUGGAGGAGGGCCACAUAUCAACAUUAAAGGAUACGUGCUUGGUAACCCUUCAACAGACGCAAGUUUUGACUGUAAUUCAAAAAUCCCAUUCGCUCAUCGUAUGGGACUUUUAUCAGAUGCAAUCUACAAGUCUACUAAAGAAAAUUGUCAUGGAGAAUACUUGAAUGUUGAUCCCAACAACAGUGUUUGUACACAUUAUCUUCAUGUGGUAGAUAAGUGUCUGGAAAGAAUUAGAAAAGCUCACAUUUUAGAGCCUUUUUGUGACACUUUAAAUGCCUUACGAUCCGAUCUCUUUAGGAGACGCUUAAGAUUUCUUGACAAUACCUCUAUGGAUAUUUGGUCGUUACCUCAACUUCAUAUACAAGGCUGUCGCGAGGACAACUACCUGUACUCGUAUACAUGGGCUAACAGAAAAGACGUGCGAGAGGCUCUUGACAUUCGUGAGUUGCCUAUCAUCGACACCUUGCUGAUAGAAAAUUGUCGAGCUCUUGUAUAUAGUGGAGAUCAUGAUAUGGUUGUUCCAUAUUUGGGUACGUUAAACUGGAUUGAAUCGCUAAAUCUGUUAGUUGUGGAUGAUUGGAGACCUUGGUUUGUUGAUGAACAAGUAGCCGGAUACACCAUGAAAUACUCAAACCACGACUACAACUUGACAUUCGCUACUAUAAAGGGAGGAGGUCACACAGCUCCGGAGUACAAACCUAAAGAAUGUUUAAGCAUGCUUACAAGGUGGCUUGCUAAUGAAGAUUUGUAAGCAACACUUCAUGUGGAGUUAGAACUUUUGUUCCUUAUGUUGUACUUUUUUGUAAGUUAAUUUCGAUAGAUAUUGUAGUGUGUUUAUCGUACAAUAAUUCUUCUAAAGCAGUUGAAGACAUUUGCAAAAGUUGAUGAG